AUGAGCAUCACAGAUAUAUAUAAGGUGCAGCACACCUGCUCAGCGAUAACAACUACGAACCUCGGCCAGCUGACCUCAGCCUCUAACCAAAGUUCAGGUGCCUUUGAGCUACUCCUCAGCAUGUUCCCCAGGAGAGAGGCUGCUGAUGUCCAGGCAAAAGGCGGGCCGGCCGCUUCCUUGGCUCCCCUCCUCUUCCUCCUGCUGCUUCUCGUCUCCUCCUGCAGCCUCAGCAGCGCACACAGCACCACAGUGGAGCACGACUUCCACAUUGUUCACAAUGUCGACAACAGAAGUCCGGAGAUAGACCCCUUCUGGUACGUGGGCCGCGGCGUGAGACCAAUCGGUCGCUUCGGGAAGCGGCACAGCGGCGUAGCAAUGCGGCCCGUCGUCAGGACGCUGGAGCUGAUCCUCAACAGUCUGCGGAACAAGGAGAACCUGGACACGGUGCUGCAUGGGGAAGAUGGAGACUGGUUACCAUGACAACAGCCAUGACUGAAACACCCAACAAACUCUU